AUCUAUCUGUUUGUUUGUUCGUAACGUACUGAGACGACUACGAAGCCCGAAACGACGAAAGAAGAAGAAAUAUCGGACAAAACUCGCAGAAAUAACGACAUUUUCUGUAACUUGACCUGUGUCUAAUGAUUUAUUCUUGGUUGGCAGAGAAAUAAGCGUUCUCGAAAUAUUAGCUUGUUUCAUAAUACCAAAAUGAACGGCACUUAUCGGAAGAGAGAAGAAGAGCCACAGCCGCCAUCCUACGAUGAACUUUACAAGUCGUCCAAUGGAGGGGUCGAUAAUGUGGGCGUCAAUUUUUAUCCAGAAGAUACGAAUGGCCAUGCUGUCAGUAAUAAAGACGACGGCGAUGAAAAUGAUGAAAGCAAGAAGAAGAAAGACGAGAAGGAGAAGCCUAAAAUGGUACCCUUUACAAAGCUGUUUUACUAUACAGACAGAGAAGACAAAUUCCUGAUUUUCCUGGCAGUAUUUGGGGCCAUUGCACAUGGUGCUGCUACUCCUGUACAGUUUAUCAUCUUUGGUCGUCUUGUUGAAAAUUUAAUCAACUUUGAGAUCCCAACAAAGAAACCUGAUCUUGAAGGUGUCAUGGAAGAGCUAGCCAUCUAUUACAUAUAUUUAGCAGUUGGAACAAUAAUUGUGGCAUAUCUACAUACUGGACUUUUUUCUCUGACGGCUGUGCGUCAAACUAAGAAAAUGCGCACUGCAUUUUUUAAUUCUGUUAUGCGCCAGGAUAUAGGUUGGUUUGAUAUCUAUGAUGUAGGAGAGUUGAACAGCAGGCUAACAGAGGAUAUCAACAAAGUGGCAGAAGGAAUUGGGUCAAAAGUGGGAAUGGCGAUCCAGUUUACUGUGACUUUUUUUGCUGGCUUUGCUAUUGGGUUUGUGUACAGCUGGAAGUUGACACUUGUUAUCCUGUCUUUAACUCCUCUUAUGAUCAUCGCUGGUGGAAUCAUGGGAAAGGUUAUUUCAGUAUUUACAAGCAAAGAGUUAGAUGCGUAUGCCAAGGCAGGUGCAAUUGCUGAAGAAGUCUUGUCAUCCAUCAAGACGGUAGCAGCUUUUGGAGGAGAAGAAAAAGAACAAAAGAGGUAUGCUGGCAAUCUUGGCGAGGCUCGUGCUUAUGGCAUCAAGAAAGGACUUUCAGUAGGGCUUGGUUUUGGGUUUUUCCAGUUAAUAAUGUUUGGGAGUUAUGCACUUGCGUUUUGGUUUGGCUCAACACUUGUUGUGAAGGAGGAAAUCAAUGGAGGAGACCUUCUAGUGGUUUUCUUCUCAGUUCUGGUUGGUGCUACGCAGCUUGGUCAGGCAGGACCCAACAUGGAAGCCAUAGCAACAGCCCGAGGAGCAGCAUACGAACUGUUUGCCAUCAUUGAGAGAGAACCACCCAUUGACGUCAGCUCAGACGAUGGAGAAAAGCCAGAUGACGUUGAUGGUGAAAUUGAAUUUAAAGAUAUUCAUUUUGUUUACCCAUCACGAACUGAUGUCAAGGUUUUAAAUGGCCUUAAUCUCAGUGUGAGUAGAGGGCAGACAGUUGCCCUGGUAGGAGAAAGUGGAUGUGGCAAGAGCACGACUGUCAAGCUUGUUCAACGAUUCUACGACCCAGAAAGUGGAACGGUGCUGUUGGAUAAUAAAGAUAUUAAAACACUGAAUUUGAGUUGGUUGAGGCAGCACAUUGGAGUGGUCAGCCAGGAACCUGUUCUGUUUGCUACAACCAUAGCUGAAAACAUCCGUUAUGGACAAGAUGGCGUCAGUCAACAAGAUAUUGAAAGUGCUACAAAGAUGGCUAACGCUCAUGACUUCAUACAAAAUCUGCCACAGGGUUAUGAAACUCUUGUUGGUGAACGUGGUGCACAGCUAAGUGGUGGUCAAAAACAACGUAUAGCCAUCGCCCGUGCUUUAGUUCGUAACCCCAAAAUACUUCUUCUAGAUGAAGCAACAUCAGCUUUGGAUACAGAGAGUGAAUCUAUAGUUCAGUCUGCCUUGGAUAAGGCUCGUCAAGGACGCACCACCAUUGUUAUAGCCCAUAGGCUGUCGACUGUCAGAAGUGCUGACCAAAUUGCUGCUUUCCAAGAUGGUGUGGUUGCAGAAUUGGGUACACAUAGUGAGCUGAUGGAGGUUGAUGGAGUUUACAAGCAACUAGUUACUUUACAGACCUUUGAGAGUGAUGACAAUGGUGAAGAAGAUGAUAUAGUAGAAAGCAUUGAAGAAAAAGAAACUGAAGCUGCUGUUAAGUUUGUGAGAAGCAUGUCAAAUGGAAGUGAUCAUGAACCAAACAAACUUGAAAGACAGCUGUCGAGACGAGCAUCACGAAGACUAUCAAAACACCGCCCUGGCUCUGCUUUAUCUUGCCAGGACAGCCAUGUUAGUUCAACGAAAAAAGGCAAAAUAGUUGAAGAAAAAGUUGAACCUGCACCAGCAUUACGAAUCAUGAAAAUGAAUGCCRCAGAAUGGCCUUACAUGCUUGUCGGGACUAUUGGUGCUAUAGGAAAUGGAUUUCUUCCAAUGGUGUUUGCCUUGAUUCUGGGCGAAAUCCUAAACGUAUUCACCAUUCAAGAUACACAAGAACUUGAAGAUAAGGCUUUUUUCUGGUCCAUGAUGUUCUUAGUUUUUGGAGCCGUUACUUUCUUCACCCAGCUGUUCCAGAAUUACAUGUUUGCAUAUUCUGGAGAGUUGCUGACAGUCAGGCUAAGAGACAUGGCAUUUAAGGCUCUUCUGAGACAGGAAAUGGCUUUUUUUGAUGACCCAUGUCACUCUACUGGUGCCUUGACAACGGCCCUUGCAACCCAUGCAUCUGACGUCAAAGGGGCUACAGGUACAAGACUUGGCACAAUAGCCAUGACAAUCACCACCAUUAUAUCAUCUUUAGUCUAUGCCUUUUUUAACGGAUGGAAGUUGACACUGUUGGUUCUUGCGUUCAUACCUUUCAUUGCUAUUGCUGGUGCGCUGCAGAUUAAAACYUUUGUWGGUGAUACUAAGGACAAGGAUGAGCUGCUGGAAUCAGGAAAGGUUGCUGUAGAAGCAUUUGAAAAUAUUCGAACCAUAGCCACUCUUGGAAAAGAGAAAACUUUCUGUGAAACGUUCCACCGCACUUUGUUACCACCAUUUAAGAAAGCCGUCCGCAGUGCUCAUCUCUAUGGUCUAUCGUACGGUCUAAUGGAAUCCAUUAUGUUCUUCUGUAAUGCUGCAUCAUUUAGAUUUGGUGCGUUCUUGAUGGUCCGURACGAAAUGACUAUGAUGGAAGUUAUGAAGGUCGUGAUGUGUAUCGUAAUCAUGGGUAUGAUGUUUGGUCAGGCGUCUGGAUUCUCCCCUGAUUACGUCAAGGCUAAAAUUGCUGCAGCAAGACUCUUCAAACUUUUUGAUCGUGUUCCACUUAUUAACAGCUCUUCAGAUCUUGGUCUAACCCCAGCAACAGUCCAAGGCACGGUUCAAUUCCGCAGUGUGCGUUUCCGCUAUCCAACUCGUCCAGAUGUUAGAGUGUUACGAGGACUCAAUCUUGAAGUCAAGACAGGUCAAACUGUUGCCCUUGUGGGAUCCAGUGGGUGCGGAAAGAGUACUGUGGUUUCUUUAUUGGAAAGAUUCUAUGACGCAGACGAUGGUGAAGUGGCCUUAGAUGGUACUGAUGUACAGACCCUGAACAUCAAAUGGUUACGCUCCAAGAUGGGUAUCGUGUCGCAGGAACCUGUCCURUUUGGCUUCAGUAUUGCUGAGAAUAUCGCAUAUGGAGACAACAGCCGUGAAGUCAGUAUGGAGGAGAUUGAAGCAGCAGCAAAAUCAUCUAACAUCCAUAGCUUUAUCAACUCAUUGCCCAAGGGUUACGAUACACUGGUAGGAGACAAAGGUACAUUAAUCUCAGGAGGACAAAAACAAAGAAUUGCUAUCGCCAGAGCUCUCAUCAGAAAUCCACAAAUCCUGCUUCUGGACGAGGCAACAUCAGCUCUUGACACUGAAAGUGAAAGGGUUGUCCAAGAUGCUCUUGACGCAGCAAGCGAAGGAAGGACAGUCAUCGUGAUAGCUCACAGACUGUCCACUGUCAAAAAUGCAGACAAGAUAGCAGUAAUUCACCAUGGUCACGUGGCCGAGCAAGGCACRCACCAAGAGCUUAUUGCACUCAAUGGUAUCUAUUCUGGUCUGGUGUCUGCACAAAUGGUUAACGAAAACUCGUAAACUGAAGRGUGACCAAACGUUUGGACACGGCUUUGGCAGGAUUCCAAAGUUUUAAGAAUGAGUGCGUAAUUAAAUAAGAUUUUGUUUCAUGUGAAAAGGUGAUGUUCUGUGGUGUCUCAGAGGUGCGUCAUGUCCUAGAUUCUGAUUGGUUGAACAAUGUUUUAACACUAUCUUAAGAGGACACCAUCACUAUUUUGACGUGAUCAUAACACUGUGGCGCCUAAGCAUUCUGUUUGGUCGGGCAGCGGUUAUUUGACGUCGUACAUGCACCACCGAACGUUGUUUUUCGCAAUCCGACAAAAUCUUCAUAUUGCAAUUGUGUUUUUUUUAGUAUUUACCAAACGAAGUGAGGAUGUAUGAAAUCUUGCACAUGUAAUGCUUUUUUUUAUUUAUAAGUCACUUAUUGUGACGUUUUUUUAAAAAAUUCUAACGAAUGUUUGAAUAUAUUUGUAAAAACAAACUCUCCACUGUAAUUACAUUUUAUUUUCAUACAAGUUAGCCAAUCACGAUUGAGUAUUUAAGCAAAAAUUCUGCACAAAGUUUCACAUUCAAAACUUUACAGUAGAACCACUUGCUGAGCUCGUGGUUACACUUGAGUUUUGAACAUGUUAAGACGUCAUCUAUGAUCCUACGGUGGCCGAGAAUGGACAUGAAAAUGUCGAAGUAAAAAAAGUCAAAAGUUCAAAAGUCAAAGUGUUUUAGGGCCAUAUUAYAAAGUSAGUUUGUCUUUUUGAUCAAUUUCCUUUUUGUCUUGAGUCAUUUUGUCACGAGACAUUUUGACAUUUGGUCUCAAGCGACUUUGUCACAAAACACUUUCGCUUUUGAAGUUUUGUGCGUCCCGCAUUUUGUCAUGAAAGACAAUUCACUCAAGUGACGUUUCUCCCUUAAGCCUCCGACAUUUUGUCAAACUAAACCUAAACCACUUUGACUUUUGAACUUUUGGCAUUUUUUACUACGACUUUUUUUAUGUCCGCCUCUCGGCCACCGUAAAURACGAUCAAUAAGAGGACACUAUAGUCGAUGGAAAUUUAUAAACAAUUUAGUUAAAUAUAUAACGAUGUUCACCAGUUAUAUUUCACAAGAUAUUUGCAGUUAAAUCUUUAUGAAGUAAAUUUUAAGUACUUUAUAUCAUUUAUUGAAGCCCUUCACUUAAGGGGUAGUAAUCUACAGAAGAAGAUCGUGUCAUGCGCAAUCAUUUAGACUCCAAACUUGAGGAUUUCCAGCUACUAGUAUUUUUAACUUAAAGAUGUGAAUACGUUUCUUCAAGCAAAUUUUCUCGGAAAAAACAUUUCUUGMACAAUUGAAAACAUUGCUUGAAGAAACAUAUCCAAGCAAAAUUAACACCUUAAUUUUUAACUUUGCAAAUAGGGAUAAGGAGCGCUAAUAGUCAGUCUAUGUAUCGCAACUCACCUUCCUCCACCCCUUAAGUAGUGAAUGGUCUCUCAUGUUAUGUAGUUGCUUUUGCCUUUUCUGCCCCUUAUAUGUUUCAUAUCGCCUUAAGACCAAGUGUAUUUAAAUGGUAUUAUUUAAUGGUGUAAAAAUAAAAUGCGUUCUUGUAUUUGA